UUUGAGAAAAGCUUUAGAAUAUCAGCAAGAGAUUCAACGACAACAGUUACAACAGCUUCAGCAACAGCAACAAACGGUUUUGGAACAACAGCAAAAAAUUGAAAGUCAAGAAAAAAAAGUACGAGAACAACAAGAGCAAAUAAAAACCCAGCAACAACAGAUACUAACACAGCAACAAUUAUUAGAAGAGCAGCGAAUGUUACUGGAACAAGAAAAAGUAAAAAAUAUAAAAAAAAUCGAAAGUGUGGCCAUUCAAACAGAUGAUCCACCUAAGACAAUGGUGCACUCGAGUACAAAAACUAAUUUAGUACCACCAAGUAGCAAUGUAUCCACGUCUUCAGUAGGAUUGACCAUAAGUGCAAUCGAACAGUGGACAGACAGCGAGUGUAGUCCAAUGGUUUCUCUAAAACCGCCUAAUGUAGAUCAUUUGCUUAAUUCAGUUACUUCUGAUAGUGGAGCUAAUUCAGAAGCAAAUACAACUGAAAAAAAAUCAAGUACUGCAACAACAACUCCGAGAAGUGCUUCGCGUGCUGUGCUUACAACAACACGUAUCAUCGAGACACUGGCACGUAUGACUCCAGGAAAGCUGAAUGGCAGUGACUCACAAGAUGCUGCUGUCAAAUCAUCUGGUGCAUCUCAGUCUGCUGCUAGUCAGAGUGGAUUUGAUGAGAAAGCCGGACAGCAUCUUAAUGAUGGGGAGGAUAAAGACGAUGUCAAGUGUAUCAUUUGGCACGAGGAUGAAGUCACUAAACAACGAAGCUGUCUCAUCCAGGCGACUGUACCGCCAGACGAGUCCGCCAAGACCAAAGGAAAAUUGCGUCAAUGUGGUCCUUAUUUGCUCGGUAAUGUUGAAGUCAGAAUUUCAGAAGCUAAUGGAACUCUUAAUAUUUGGGGAAAAGAGUUGACUCCUACUUCAAGCGCCGAAGAAGACGAAGAGUGCGAAGAGUUUAAUAAUUGUGAACAUAUUUGGCCAAAAUCAUCCGAUAAAAAUGGCGUUGUAUUUUCUUCCGGUAGUAAAAAAGUUAAAACCUCCUCGACGAUGCGUACUGGUAUUUCAAAACUAAGAUCAAUGCUUACUAGAACUCCGUCACCUGUCGACGAUCAUGAAGAGAAUCUAUGUUGUUCAAAUAAUCAACGGACAAAGUUCAGAAAACGCAGCCAUGGUUCUGGAAGUAACAAUCAGUCGAGUCAUUCAUUAGACAAGAGCUUCUGCUGCCUCCACAAAGGUGACAUUAGUCUUGGAGAUUGUAGAUUCGGUAAAGAUGACAUGAUGGAGGAUAAUAUACACAGCUUGUAUGAUAUGACAAAAACAAUAAUUGGUCGUGAAUCGUCGCGUCCUGCUUCACCGCACGGCCAGAUUGACUCGCGCACUUUUUUUAAAAAUAAUUCAAGAAGUGAAGAGCCUUGUAGACACUCAUCUUCUCGUCGGUGCAGUUACAAUGAGACUGAUGAUGCUUACCUGCGCGACUACAAGUCGUGUAAUCAUUCACCCGUAAAUAAUUCUAACUAUCAAGACAAUCCUUUUUGUCAAGAUUUUAAACACUCACGAAUCAACCAGUGCUGUUCCAACUGUCCAAAGAGUGAGACUUUUAUUCGGCCUGGAAAAAUUGAAACUACUGAGGUUAAAAAACUGCGUGAUAAAGGUAAAAGAUUCAAGACCAUUAAGGAUCUUUUAAAGAGUUGUGGAAAUCCACACACUACAAGUUUUGAAUCUAGUUUUAUUCCCGAAACUGUAACAACUGCGCCAUUGAACCCAAGUAUGCUGUUAAAUUCAGUAUUUCCAUCUACUUCUUGCUCAAAACAAACCAAUUCAAACUACAAAAAGUGCUGCACGUCAUGUGAGAAACGAAUUGGUAUAGCUUCAGAAAUGGAAUCAGAGUUGGAGAAAAUUCGCAAUGAAAUAGCAAAACUUUAUUCCAAGUCAGAUGAAAUGCGGGAACUGCUAAACACUUUGCGAUCAGUUGAAAACUAAACUACAUAUGAUAUAUAAUAUAAGAGCUUAUUUAAGUUUAUACGUACAGAAAAUUACUUUCUGCUUAUAAUAUAAAACAUUGAAGUAUAAUAGACUUUACCAUAGACGGUUAGUUAUAUCUCAAAAAAGGCAAUUUAAAAAAAUCUAUUUUUUUUUUUUUUUUUUCUUUUUUAUAAAAUACAUUUAUGGUUAUAUCUAUCAUUUCUACUUUUGUUGUGUAUAAAACAAUUUCAUAAGUCUAUUAAAGUUUUUUUAUCUUCAA